AUGUCGCACGCGGAGGAGAAUGUGAACGCCGGAGAGGCGGGCGGCAGCCAGAACAACCGCACUUCUGGGACACCGACGUUCAUGUUUCAGACCCCACCCAUUAACCGCCAGCCACGAGCCCAACCGUCGCGGAGCGGACGCAGCACAUCAAGUGCCGCCAUCAUUGCAGAUCUUCAGGAGCAACUCCAGGAGCGGGAUAGGACGUUGGAGCAGAUGCGGCAGGCGAUGCAUGCCGUCGGACUCCUGCCCAUUGAGGGUGUGAACGAGGGGGGAGAUCAAUCGUUUGAUGAUGAGGCACAUAGUCGUUCCGUGCCAAGGCAGGAGGUUGUUGGAGCUGCCAGACGUCAAGGGAGUUCAUUCAAAACCUUCAUGGAUUGUAAGCCGCCUAACUUUGAGGGAGGCGAGAGUGUUGUGGCGUGCCUUCGUUGGAUUAGGAAGAUGGACCAAACCUUCCGAUCUGGUGAAUUUACUGAGGACCAGAAGGUGAAUUAUGCGGUGCGAACAUUUGACAAGGAAGCACUCGAGUGGUGGGACGCUAUUGACGCACGACUCACGGAGGCUACUCGGAGGGCUAUGACUUGGGAAAUUCUUUGUAAGAAGGUGAAAGAUCGUUUCUGCAGUGAGGGUAGCAUACAACAGGCCCAACGAGAGUUUUUAAAUCUUCAGAAAGGAAGCAUGACGAUUGCUAAGUAUAACACUACCUUCACUGAGAAGUCACAAUUUGCUGCUGAUUACUGCCCGACCGAGGAGAAGUUGAUUCAUCACUAUGUGGAGGGGUUGCCAUUUGAGUACCGUGCAAUUGUGAGAUUGAGGACCACUUUAGGCGAGGCCAUGGAUGAGGCCCGCAAGAUAGAGAAUGAUAUUGCCAUCCGGGAUCGUACCACAACAAGAUUCGGGGAUAAACGCAAGUGGGAGGGUCAAUCGGGGUCCUCUAAAAAGCAAAAAUUUCAAAAGAAGGGUGAAAAAUCAACAUUUUGUAAGAAAUGUCACUCUUCUCAUGGGGGCCCAUGUAGCAACAGCACUACGCGUUGCAAACGUUGUGGUAAGAUCGGUCACCGGCUUGAAGACUGUAAGAGUGCGGAGCCGAUAUGUUAUAAUUGCAGACAAAUGGGGCAUAUUAGCAAUCAGUGCCCCAAUCCGAGGGUUCAGACAGGUUCUGGUGGCAAGAAAGAUGAUGCACCGAAGAUAAAAGCUCGUGCCUUCAACAUGACCGCUGCUGAGGCUCGCCAACAUGAUGAGGUUAUUUUUGGAACCUUCUUGGUUAAUUCUAUUCCAGCUACUGUUUUAUUUGAUGGUGGUGCCAGUAGAUCGUUUGUGUCAUUACCAUUUUGUGCUCAUAUUGAUAUACCACGGACUCCACUAGAGACUGAAUUAGAGGUUGAGGUGGCUACGGGUCAGUUAGUCGCUGUUCGAGAGAAGUAUGAUGGGUGUGUCAUUUCUAUCGGUGAACAUACUUUUCCAUUGACAUUGAUUCCUAUUGGGGUGGGUAGUUUUGAUGUUGUGAUUGGUAUGGAUUGGCUAUCAGCCAAUCGAGCCCAUAUUCUUUGUGCAGAUAAGCUCGUGCGUAUACCUCUCCCUUCCGGCGAUUAUGCCACCGCCUACGGUGAACACCACUCUAGGUCUACAUCUUUUAUAUCUGUUAUGAAAGCACGCAAGUGCAUCGCGAAGGGUUGUCCAGUGUUCUUAGCACAUGUUGUCAAUUCCAAUUCCGAGGAAUUAGGUCUGUCUGAGGUGGAUGUGGUUAGAGACUAUGUUGACGUCUUUCCUAACGACCUGCCAGGUUUACCACCACCCCGACAGGUAGACUUUCACAUCGAUAUCAUCCCUGGUGCUGCGCCGAUCGCCAAAGCACCUUAUCGGUUGGCUCCUUCAGAAAUGAAGGAGAUGAUGUCUCAGCUGCAAGAGCUCCUUGACAAGGGGUUCAUCCGACCCAGUUCCUCACCGUGGGGAGCACCUGUGCUGGAAUUGAACAAAAUUACUGUGAAAAACAAGUAUCCACUCCCGAGGAUCGAUGACCUCUUCGAUCAACUUCAGGGCGCAUGUUAUUUCUCAAAAAUUGACUUACGAUCUGGUUAUCAUCAAGUGCGGGUUAGGGGACAGGAUGUUCCUAAGACAGCUUUUAGAACUCGAUAUGGCCACUAUGAGUUUUUGGUCAUGCCCUUUGGCUUGACAAAUGCGCCAGCGGUAUUUAUGGACUUGAUGAACCGGGUCUGUCGUCCCUUCUUGGAUAAAUCGGUCAUCGUCUUUAUUGAUGAUAUUUUAAUUUACUCACGUAGCGUAGAGGAUCAUCGGAGACAUUUAAGCGAGGUUCUCGACACACUUCGUAAGGAGAAGCUCUACGCGAAGUUCUCCAAGUGUGAAUUCUGGUUGCGGGAAGUUCAAUUCCUUGGACACUUGGUUGGUGAGGAUGGGAUUAAAGUAGAUCCAACUAAGAUUGAAGCAGUAAAGAAGUGGGCCAAUCCAAAAACUCCUACUGAAAUUCGGAGUUUCUUGGGUUUGGCAGGCUAUUAUCGAAGGUUUAUUAAAAACUUUUCCAGGAUUGCUGCUCCUUUGACAAAAUUGACGAGGAAGUCAGAGCCAUUCGUUUGGACUGAUAAGCAGGAACAAGCAUUUCAGACAUUGAAGAGACACCUUUGUGAGGCUCCUGUUCUUUCUUUACCUGAAGGUAAUGAGGACUUUGUAGUUUACAGUGAUGCAUCCUAUUCAGGUUUGGGAUGUGUACUGAUGCAGCGGGGGAAGGAGAUAGCUUACGCUUCCCGACAACUGAAAAGUGCUGAGGUGAAUUAUAUAGUUCAUGAUCUGGAGUUGGCGGCUGUAGUCUUUUCCUUGAAGUUAUGGCGUCAUUAUCUGUAUGGGACGAAGUGUACGCUAUAUACUGACCAUAAGAGCCUGCAACACAUACAAAACCAAAAGGAGUUGAAUAUGAGGCAGCGACGAUGGGUUGAAUUGCUUGCCGACUAUGAUUGUGAAAUCAGUUACCACCCUGGGAAGGCAAAUGUGGUAGCCGACGCCCUGAGUCGUAAGGAGCUAGGCCCGUCCUAUCACCUAAAGCAUAUGGAAUUGGUGGUUGUUCCCAACAUUUUUUAUCAAAUUCGAGCAUCACAAAUCGAGGGUUUGAAGGAAGAAAAUAUGAAGGACGAGGUAAUGGUAAGACAACAUGAGCUACUGGUGGAGGAUAAACGAGGUCUCAAGACCUUUCGAGGGCGACUCUGGGUCCCAAAGGUUGGUGGUGCACGUGACACAUUGUUGCGAGACACAAACAGAUCUAGAUACUCAAUUCACCCAAAUACAACGAAGAUGUAUCGUAACCUAAAAUCGGAAUAUUGGUGGCCAGGCAUGAAGAGAGAAAUAGCAAAGUAUGUUUCAGCCUGUGUGACGUGCUCUCAAGUCAAAGCUGAUCAUCAAAAGCCCUAUGGAGAAUUGCAGCAACCUGAGAUACCUGAAUGGAAGUGGGAUAAGGUCACAAUGGAUUUUGUCACAAAACUACCGAGGACUUCUCGCGGUAACGAUAUGAUAUGGGUGAUCAUUGACCGGUUGACCAAAAGUGCUCACUUUUUGGCAACCAAGGAAAAGGAAAAGUUGGAGGAAUUAGCAAAGCUUUAUGUUAAUGAGAAAGGCAUCAUUCGAUUUGGGAAGCGAGGUAAGUUGGGACCUCGUUACAUUGGUCCACUUAUUGUGUCGGCGCGGAUCGGAGAGCAGGCUUACAAGUUGAAGCUACCACCGGAGCUGGAGGGAAUACAUGAUGUAUUCCAUGUUUGUUACCUCCGAAAAUGCUUAGCGGAAGAGCCGAGUAUCUUACCGUUGGACGAGCUGCGAGUGGAUGAGUCGAAGCGGUUAGUGGAGAAACCGGUGGCUAUUCUGGAGCGGGAGACUAAACAACUACGUAAGAAGAGGGUCAAGCUUGUUAAGGUUCAGUGGAAGAACAAACAUGGUGGUGAUAUGACUUGGGAAGUUGAAGAUGACAUGAGAGCUCGUUAUCCUUGUUUGUUCGUGCCGAUACCUGAUUCCGGGACGGAAUCCUCUUAA